UGCUGCCUUACUAGGCUUAGUAUUUAACGGGUAUAUUAUGAUCGUGUUGUUAUGGCAUAAUCAAGGAUACAUUAAGACUCCAAACAACGUAUUCCUGCUUCACCUUUCGUUGGUGGACACGGUUUUUUGUUUGGUGCUCCUCAUCUCCCACUCCGUGUUUGGAGCCGUGGUCCCCACUGACCCGUCACCUGCGGGAUGCAAUGUUCAUGGUUACUUGUGGACCCUGCUCCCCGUCGUCGUGGUCUGGACGGUGUGUGGACUUAGUUGUGACCGCUACGCCGCCAUUUCUACCCCCCUACACUACUCCCGACUCGUCAACACCCGCCGAGCAGCGAUGUUCCUGACGGCUGGGUGGAUAUUAGGGGCAAUCUUGGCCCUCCCUCCGUUACUUGACGUCUGUCCUUACGUCUACAGAGACUCGCGAGGAGCAUGUGCUGCCACCUGUACUGCAGGUACGCCGGCUGAACUUGGCUAUGCCGUUACUUACGUGGCGCUGUCCGUCGUUGUCCCCGUCUUGGUCAUUCUGUUGUGUAACUUACACAUCUUCAACAUUGCGCGCUACCACCGUCAUCGGAUAGUUACGGCCAUCUACGAAGUGACCCUGCGCGCGCAGGCCACGGUGACUCACCAGCGUAACCCUUGCUACCUGUCCAAAUUUAAAGGUAGAAACGCGUUUUUUACGAUAGUACAGCUGGUGGGGUCAGUAACGGUGCUGACCGUUCCGUAUUUCAGUGUUAUGAUCUGGGAAGCUGCGACGGGAAGAGAGAGAAGCACCGUUCUCGUUUCCAUGACAACGAUUUUGUUGGGUUUCGCUCCCUCGGUAAACGCCUAUGUUUACGGUGUGAAAAGCCGACUCUUGCGUCACACCUUCAAGUUUCUCUUACAGCGACACCUGUAUAAGCAGCAAAUGGACAGGACCAGCCAACGGGGAAGACCCGGCAUCAGGCGACGUUAUUCGGCUCCCGUGCUCUCGGCUAUGUGGGACAGAGGAGCGAACAAACGAACACUUUCUAGGCAGUUCUCGGACUGCUCCGUCCGUACUCUAGCCGCUGACAGGGGGUCGAUCCGGCCGAUACCACUGGAAAAUACUACUACGUGCGUAGGUCGAACGCAGCACAGGCCAAGCACGUGUUCGACUAAUCCACUUUUAAACGAACCCGUAGGUAAGACCAGGACAGAGACCUUCGUAACUUCAUAUCCACCAACCAGCGUCCACAGCACGGCCGUAUAG